CUGGCAGGUGAUGAGUCACUCAACUGUGAAGCCAAUCCAGAUCACAGGAAGGCCUACGAGGAAGCAGUGCGUUGUGGGAUCCACAGGACGGUGCACGCAGGAGAGGUGGGUCCGGCCUCAGUGGUGAAGGAGGCGGUGGAGGUGCUGAAAGCUGAACGUGUUGGACACGGCUACAGAACCCUGGAGGACCAAGACCUGUAUAAAAAACUACUCGCUCAAAACAUGCACUUCGAGGUGUGUCCUGUUUCCAGUAUACUGACCGGUGCCUGCGACCCGGACUUCAGCAAACAUCCCGUCGUCACCUUCAGGAAGGAUAAGGCCAACUACUCCCUGAACACAGACGACCCUCUGAUCUUCAACUCCAACCUGCACCUCGACUACAGCACCGCGCACAAGUACAUGGGAUUCACGGAGGAGGAAUUCAAACGACUGAACAUCAAGUCAGCAGAGUCGUGCUUCCUGCCUGAGAAUGAGAAGAAAGAGCUCCUCCACCAACUCUACGAGGCCUAUGGGAUGAUACUGCGCACCGCCUUUUAAACCUCUGAGGAAAUCUGAGAAGAAAACGCAACUUAACCGAGGAUGAAUCGCUCUAAACCCGUAAAUCUCCUCCACCCGACACAGGAGAAUGUGUUUUUCUCAUUUGGAACCAUAUAUAUAACGCCUAUAGAAUAAUAAAUCAUAUGUGGCAGCCACGUUUUACCACACACACACACACACACACACACUAUCUGUACAUCAUCAGCAUGAGGGCAUGUUUGUGUCUGUGUUCCAUCCAGACACACGUACAUAACAUUAACACCAGUUCACAGAAAGUGGAGGAUGUCAUGGUGCUCUGCACAACAACGUGUCUUUUAAAUCUAAACUCUGGAGUUUGUGUUUACAUCUUGUUGUCUUACUGAUUCUGAAAACUGCACGUCAGGUAAACACAGCUCAAUACCAAAAGUCUAGUCGGACACUAGGUGGCACACUUCUGUCACUUAGAUGCAGGAACCACUUAGUGUGGUUAUGCAUUUAAUACUUGCUCUCAGUUCUCUUGAUGUAUAUAUUUAUUUAAAUAAAACUAAUUCUGUUGGUAACUUCCACAUUUCACACUUAAUAACACCUUAAUAAAAGCUUUUAU